UUCUAUAUCUAUAUAGACUACACAUAUAUAGAAAGAGAAAGAGAGAAUCUAGAGAGAUAAAACAGAAACCCCAGUCCCCAGAAAGAAAAAAACAAAACAAAAAUAGGAAAUGGCAACUUCAACCCAGUUUCCCGACGACUUUCGGUGCCCGAUUUCGCUCGAGAUUAUGUCCGACCCGGUUAUUCUCUCUUCGGGUCACACCUUCGACCGUUCCUCAAUCCAACGUUGGCUUGACUCCGGUCACCGUACUUGCCCGAUCACCAAACUCCCCAUUUCCGACCCGGUUUUUCUAAUCCCUAAUCACGCCCUCCGCAGUCUCAUUUCCAAUUAUACCCUCGUCUCUUUCCCGAAACCACUAUCUUACCCUGACCUACAAUCCCUUAUUCAAACCCUCAUAGCUUCCUCUUCUUCCCCUUUAGAUUCUAAGCUCAACACGCUCGACCAACUCAGUAAGCUCUCCAAGCGUGACUCUGCGAUUCGUCGAAAACUCACUGAGUCAGGCGCCGUUUCUGCUGUUCUUAAUUGUGUGAACUCGGACGAUGACUCGGCCGGUGGGUUACAAGAAAAGGCGCUUCAUUUACUGUUGAAUUUGAGCUUGGAUGAUGAUAACAAAGUGGGGUUGGUGGCUGAAGGGGUGGUGGGGAAAGUAGUGGCAGCGUUACGGAGCGGCGCCGGCGACUCCAGGGCUGUGGCCGCCACGGUUCUGACGAGUUUAGCGGUGGUGGAAGUGAAUAAAGCGACAAUUGGGGCGUACCCAGAUGCGAUUCUUGGAUUAAUUUCGCUUCUUUGGGGUGGAAAUGUUAGAGAGAGAAAAGAAGCUGCUACAGCUCUGUAUACGUUAUGUUCAUUUCCAGAUAAUCGGGCUCGGGCCGUGGAGAACCAGGCCGUGCCGAUACUGAUUCAGAAUGCUAAUUCAGGCCUAGAAAGAGCCGUUGAGGUACUGGGGUUAUUAGCAAAAUGUAAAGAGGGUCGUCAAGAAAUGAUGAAAUUUGGUGGGUUAAUUGAUGUAUUGAUUAAAUUCUUGAAAAAUGGAUCUUCAAGAGCUGUGCAAUAUGCUCUGUUGACAGUAAAUUUGUUGUGUAGUUACAGUGAAAGGAUGUGUGUGGUUGCUGUAAGAGAAGGGGUGUUUGAGAUUUGUGUGGGCUUAUUGGAAGAUGAUAACGAGAAGGUCAGAAGGCAUGCUAAUAGCUUGAUUAAGGUCUUGCAAGGCAAAAGAUUAAGUCUUUGAUUAAAAUAUGUGAAUUUUGGAAGUGUUGAUUUUGAUGAAUUAUGGGAGGGUAAAGGUGAGUUUUGGGAUGCCUCAGAAUUAAUUUUUGUUUCGUUGAAUAGUGUUUCUUUGUACAAAAAGAUUAGAAUUUUAGGGCAAAAAAA